AGUUGCGCCGUGGAAGUCGACAUAAGUCGAUGGAACAUAGAUUACACGCUUAGUUGUUUUCCUAGAGUAGAAACAGCAACCGGUCGACAGUCGCGAAAUUAUCAUCGUCGUUGUUGUUCCUUUCUUAUUUUCAAAUUGUCCCGAUAUUUUCUUUUUCCUUUUUCAGUGACAUUUUUGAAACAUCGAUAAUUUAAAUAUCGACCAAUCGAAAGAAUUUUUCUUAUAUCCGCGUUUAGGAAUUAUUUUGCAAACGCCGAAGGUGCGACGUAACUGUUCUCAUUUAUUAUGAAAAAUUGGAAAAAAGAAAAAGGAGCUUCGAUCGAUAAUAAGCACCAGAUCUUAGAAAUGACAACGACUAUGGAACAACCAAAUGAAAACGGAAAGGAGACGAAAGAUAUUGGUAGAAGAAACGCUGUACCGAUCAUUCACGUUAGAGGAACUUACUAUGAUAUCGGAUUUGACAUUGGACGUACGUUCGGCAAAUUAAUUCAAGAUUACAUCGAAGCUUACAAACCGCUCAAUGAAAUUUAUAUAAAAUUGUUUAAUACCGAUAAAGGUAAAAAGAUCUACGAAGAUACUUUACAAUGUGUGAAAAAACAAUUUCCACAAUAUAUAAGAGAAAUUCAGGGUACCGCGGACGGUGCCAAUGUUCCUUUUACCAAGUUGUUCUUAAUGCAUCUAGAUGACAUUUUGCCAAAUGUCAUUGGUGAAACAUCCGGAAAUACCCUUCCUGUUGGGUGUUCUACAAUCAUUUGCAAUCAACCAAGACAACAAAUAAUUGGACAUAAUGAGGAUGCCUUGAGCGAGACUUUGAACCAUUGGUAUCUCGUAAACGCCCAUGUUAUCGAAAAUGGUUACAAGGAAGAAAAAUUUAUUUCAUUAUGCUAUGCUGGAUUUUUACCAGGAUAUACCAUGGGUUAUAAUCAUCAUGGUUUCAUUUUUACUAUUAAUACUCUCAGCGCAGCUACUCUUAGAUCUGGCAAAACACCACGUUAUUUCAUUACUCGCGCGCUUCUUGGUGUUGAAAAUUAUGUGGAAGCUCAAAAAGUAUUAAGAAACGAAGGUUACGGCGCGGCAGAAGGAUUUUCGGUAAAUAUGACUUUUCUUAAACAAGAAGGUGAUAGAAUGUUUCAUAACGCUGAAGUUGGACCUACCGAAGCCAAUGGAACUCAAUCGCAGCUUAGCAUAUUAACUGCAAGUCCGGGUGAACAUAUUUUUCACUGUAACAAAUACUUACGAUUGAAAAUACCGGAAGAAAAAGGUUUGAUAAUAGAUAGUAGUAUACACAGAAUGCAAGCAAUUUGUAAGCAUCCACCACCUAAGUGUCUUCAAGAUGUUAUAGAAAUUCUUAGCGACCAAACAGAUUCCGAGUUUAGAGUCUAUCAAGAUAUAAAUCCUGACGAUUAUGUAAAAACGAUCGCUACUGGAAUUUUUGACUGUAUUGAAAAAACAUGGUCUAUUUAUACAGACAAGCCAAAUUGUAACGAUCCGAUAAUAGUCUUGCCUUUACAAUUACAUAAUAAAAAUGAUUUUAUAUGUACAAAAGCAACUUGUAAAAAUAUAAAAUAAUUAGCGUGAAUUAAUGAGAAAAUUAAUUGACAAAGAUAUCUAAUGCUAUAUUCUAAUAUGCUAUAUUAUAACAAAUAAUAUUAUUUAGAAAAUCUUGCCUUUUCUCCUUCGUUUGUCCUAAAGUUAUAUUCCACUUUUCAUCUGAUUCGAUACGAAAAAAUUAAAAAAUUAUACAACAAAUUUUUAAAUAAUAUAACAAAACAAUUAUUAGAUUAUUGAAAAUUGUUUAAAUAUUAAUCCAAUUAUUGAUAGUUAAUCAAAUGUUUAAAGAAGAUCUUGUUAUUUAAAAAAGCACGCUAAAUAAUUAAAAAAAUUAUGAAUUGUUAAUAAAGAUUCGUUUCAAUAUUAA